ACCUGAAGGUGAAACCCGAACGUCUUCGAAGGGCGUUCGUCAGUUCUGCCACGUUGGCUGCUAAAGUAAGCUCGGUUUUUCAUGUUUCCUGGUGCUCGAUUUUGUCUGUGCUAAAAAGGCAGUUUUGAAAUUAUCUAAAUUUGUGUUAAAAACUUAAAAUCAUGGCGGAUAAUCAAAUAGAGUCGACUAAGUUAGUCAGCAAGAGUCAGAGCACGCCAGUGUCAUGUUUUGCCCAACACUCGCAGCGCGUGCAGAUGCUCCUGUGCACCUUGUUUUUCGUCUCGUGUUUCGCUUUUCUCUUCGUCCUGGAAAGCAAAUUGGCCGAACAGCAGCGAGCACUCGAAUUUGCUUACAAAGAGUUUUAUCUGCGACCGUUCCACUACAAACUCGACCCUUUUUCUUAUGUCGAAUUAAAGAACGGGGCGCCCAUUACGGAGCCUGAACCGCCCAGUCCACAUUUCAUGUUCUCGUUCGAAGAGUUGCUGCUCAAUCGAUUCCUCGACUAUUAUCUGUGGGCUCAAGGGCCCACCGACGAGACCGAUGUCACGACCGAUCCCGAAAGGUUACCUUUGACAAUGCAGGCAUUCGGGUCCCACUUGCGCAACAGACUCUAUUAUCAACUGGAACGAGACGAACUCAAAAUCAAUCCGAUUCUUUUGACCGAUCCAGCCCUACCCACUGACAUCAGAGACCCAGAGGACGGUAUUGAACCCAAUAAACUGCUAUGGAACGUGAUACCUUAUUGUAACGAUCCUGUCCUGGAAGAUGCCCUUCAUGAGUUGGGAAACAUCAACGGAUUUCUCUUCGCCCGGGGAAACCACAAGAAUUACCGGUUUGUCAAUCGGAAUGAAUCACGGGACAUUGCUUCCAUCGUAGGAGCAGUUCCCAUCAAAUUGGCCUAUUUGCAUAAUCACAAUUUCAUCAACUUUCAGAGAUACGGAUUGAAGAGCCCCAUUCAAAUCAGCAUCGUUUGCGAACCGAUAGCGAGGAAAUUACGUCAUUUCUACACGGAGCGCUACAAUUAUAGGGAGUGGGCGGAAGACUUCCCCAUUUCACGCACCAACUGGUGGAGAGUGACUCUUGAGGAAUGCAUAACCAAAAAGCAACGCGAAUGUACCUACGAUGGAUUGAAAAACAUCAAGGCGAAAUCUGUUUUAGAUAUUGGACGUACGUGGCUACCCCGUCGCGUCGAAUGGGCCAUUCCACAAUUCUGUGAAUACAACAGAUGCGAGGAAUUGGGAGUCGAAAAAGAUCUGGGAUACGUCAAAGAUGUCGUUAACCAAGAGUAUACUGUCGUCGGCACGUUGGAAAAGAUGGGCGAGACGCUAGACCUUCUGGAAACUACGGUACCUCAGUUCUUCAAAGGCAUCAAGAACAUCUAUUACCAAAAACUCGCAGAAAGUGCCAAAAACGUCCCGGGUCCUGAAAUUCCCGUCAUCAGUUCGGAAAUGAGGGCCGAAAUGGAAAAGAGAUACGCGAAAGAAAUAGAAUUUUAUCGCUUCGUGUCUGAGAAACUGGAGCAGGACAUCAAGAUGAGCAAAACGACAGCGAAACAAUAACAAACAAACUAAAUCAAAACAAGAUAAACAAAAAAUGAGUGAUGACGCUUUCGCAAAUAUGGCAUAGAUUAAGUUGCAAGUCACCGCAAGCAGACCGUGACAUGCAACUACUAUACAAUUACAGUAUUUCAGAAAAAUCUUUCUCAUAUUCAAAAUGUGGUGAAGUGGUAAAUAAAUUUUAUAAUAAGAUGCAAAGUAGGACCGUGAUUAUUUGAAUACAAACGAUACUCGACCCCGCA